AGUGGUGGCUUACGUCUGUGAGACGCAUCGUCAUUGAUAGGCCAAAUAGCAGGUGUUUUCAAAACCUAGAAUGAAAUUAUGUGUGGAGACCUUUAUUAUUUUGUACUCAAUCAACAAGGAAAGUAUAUAAAUACUUAUCAUGUUUAAAGCUUGUUAUGUGAAUAAUAUUAGCUCAAGGACAAAUCAAAGUCGCGGCUUCGCUUUUUCUAAUUGGCUACUCCAUUGGCAAACCUAGCAGGAGCUGCGGUUUGAAGCAUAAUGUCAAGAGAGAAGACCUCCGAAAGAUGUUUUAAGUAAAAGCAGUAUCCUUUCCUGUUUGGAUGUAUUACAGUGAAUAAUUACAGUGAAUCUGUGUUGAGAGGACUUUACAAAAUUAGUAGGAGCAAGCUGACCAUAAAAGUGGAACUCUAGAUGAGAUGAUUUUUAAGAAAUUAUGGCGGUUUCUGGCGUGGUUCAUGUGCCUCUGGGCGUUUAUCACAGGAUACUCUCCGAGGGAGAAACUUCACACGAUCACUGCGUUGAUUGGCGAGGACGUUACUCUUCCGUGUGCCUUUGAGUUCCCAGAUGGCAAAAAAGUGCCCUACAUCGUCAACUGGAAUAGAGAGAACGUGAAAAUUCCAUUUUUUAUGUGGUAUGACGGUUACCCGCCACAUAUGUCGGAAAAUUACCGAGGCCGUGUUUCAUUAAUAAAACCGGCAUCUUUGAACUUGACCAAUGUCCAAGAUUCUGACCAGGGAUGGUUCAUCUGUUCUGUGUUUUUCCUCAACCGCGUGUCAGAUAUGCCUCACAACACGUCCAGAGUCCAGUUAAAAGUGCACGCUCCUCCACAAUUUACUCAGAAACCUCCUGAUGUGGUGUACGUGAAGGUAGGCGAAUCAUUGACUCUUUCCUGUGCUGCAAUUGGCACGCCUGAACCAGAAAUCACAUGGCUCAAGGAUAACCGUGUUUUGAAAGCAAGUGUAACAGUACAGAUACUUUCUACAAAACUAAGAAUAACGCGGCUUCAAGAAACUGAUUUCGGAGAUUAUUUAUGCAAAGCUCGAAACAAUGAAGGAAGUAUAACUGUGGCAUCCAAGGUUAUUGGAGCUGGUGCGACGUUUCGAUCACUGGUGCGAUCAUUUUCAAGUACAACAGUUUCCUCUUGAAAGACCACGCAGUGGCUCAUAU